CAUGGCUGUCGGAGAAAAUGGAUCGUGAAGAUGAAACUGUGGAAGAACAUGAUAAAUAUGCCUUCUUCCUCGGCUCGGCUAUAAGAAGCGAAGACCCAGAGCAAUUCCUAACAGUAUACGAUUCAAUCAUCCCCAAAACAUUGCCAGAAACUUCGGUUGAGCGUAUCAAGGAGCGGGCUCGUGACAUAGCCGGGCUACCAGAGAAGGAGUUUCAUGAGUUGGUCCUGAACGCCCGAGACUAUUCUCUGGCUCAGGACAGGCAGCUGAAGAUGACCUCCUCUGCCUCCAGCAAGGAAGCCUUCUUCAGCGCAGUAGAUGGCGACGAUCUACGCUACAUCGAUGACGAAGAAGACGCACAUGAUGACGACGUCAGCACAGAUGACUCCCGCAGCCCUCCCAAAAAUGACCGCCACAUCCCCCAGCUGAUUGGCCUGUUGAAACCUCCUGAUCUGGAUGAUGAUCUGGAGCCAGUGGGCAGUGACUCUGGGGUGUUUAACAUCAGCAAGGCCACUGGGACAGCCAGCAUGGAUAGUGGCUCAGACAAACAGGAUGACAGCGACACAGAAAUCCCUUACUCUAGGCUGAACUCCUCCAGCAAUGCUAUGCCAGCAGCCCCAGUCAAAGACAAACCUUGGGAUGAGGCGUACCCGGUAGACUCUGACAGUGGGUCACAGCUGGAGCUGGAGUCACCGCGCAGCGACACAUCACACUCCAGCGGGGCUGAUGCCCGCCUCAACGCUUGCGAAGAGGUCGAGAUGGAAACCUUUCGCAUUGACCGCACUCGCAGUUACGGGUCUCUUGAUGCAGACUCCACGUGUAUUCACAAACAUUUGUAUGGUGGCCGGAGAUCAGACUACAACCAUACUUUUCCCGUCUUGAAGAAGGAAAGCCACACAGACUGUGAUGAAUUUGAUGUCUCUGAGCUUCCAGAUGCUGUGUGUGAUGACAGCAAGACGAAGUAUGGACAACGCAGUAGCUCUGCUAACAUAUACCCUGUGAAAAAAGUGUCAGCAAAUGUUGACGAAGGUUCCAUGUUUCAUAAAAUGAGCAGUCAAACGGACUCGGAUAAAAAAAACUUAUCUUACUUUAGUUCUCGUUCGUACAGAAACAGCAGUUCAUUAGAUAGUCCGAGCCGUUUGUCAACGUUUAAGUUGAAUGAUGAUGAUGAUGACAAAAAGAAAAAGAAAAAGAAGAAAGGUUCCAAAGAUGACAAUGACAUUGGUCUGUUCUCUCGGAAGGAUCGGUCAGACACCGAUGUGAAUGGGAACCCUAUAACCUUUCCGUUGGACUACAUGAGCAGGAGGGAGCUUAAGACAAAGACUAUCAGUCAUUCUGACACCGCCAAGUCCACCGCUUUUGACAGUGCCCUUCCUCCAACUUCCUCGAACAACGAUGCUGAAGAACAUGGCAAUGGAAAUCAGAGAAGCCGGCACAGCAAUCCGAAAAAGAAAUGUCGUGAGAAGGAGGUUCAUCCUGAGAAAGAAGAGGGUUAUAUAGGGGACAAAGACAUUGACUUUAUCCUGGAGGCCUUGCAAGAAAAUGGGAAGGGUUCGAAACCAAAGAAAGCAGCCAGUGGACAGAGAGAGGGCAUGGCUUUGCAAGCUGUGAGCAAAAUCGAAAAGGCGGAGUCGAAAAAUGUGAAAAACAAUAAAUCUGACAAGAAACAAAAACAGGUGGUACAUGUUGUCAGUGCAUGUUCUGUCAGUGAGGAAAGUGUCACGAGACAAGUUAUGUGUGAAGUGAACAAUAAGUAUAGCUACAUCAGACUUAAAAACUCAACUGUGAUUCCACAUACCACUGCAAUUCCACAUACUACUGCAAUGGGCACAGCCAAUGGAAAGCUGGAUAACUCAGACUUGGUGCAAGUGAUUGUGGAGAGUUCAAAUCUUGACAGUAAUAGCUUACCAAAGGACUGUAUGGCUAAAAUAAUUCCUUCAGCAGAUGUGAAUCCCUCGACAUUAACUGAUGACACGUUUGACAUGCUUAGUAAAUCUAUAGAUACUGAUGCGUGUAAAGUGGAUAGUCCAGCUUUGAACACAGGUAUAGAUAAAACGAAAGUUAGCCUGAAAGUGGAAUUGUCAACCAUUAAUACAAAUUCUGAUAAGGAAGAUGUGAAGGAGUUGGUGUGUCCCAAGUCCGUGCCAGGUAACACCUGUGAAGACGAGCCACCCAAGAACCCAGAGAAAACUGGUGUAAAAGACUUUAUUGAUAUUCAGAAAACAUGUGAUAACCUGGAUCCAAUUGAGGCCAGACAUGAUCUCAGUGAGAAUGGUCCCCCAGAUAAGUACAGCGAGUUUUAUAUGUUUACUGACGUGGAAAUUCAGAAAGUGGAUCGCGAUGCCGAGUUUUGUCCCGUUGUUCACAAGAAGAAAAAGAGAACUACUGCCAAAGACCCUGCACCGGUGACGGUGCAUAAAAGUGGUGCCCUGCCUCUGUUCACCCCGCGUGCGACUGGUGCAGCCACGGAUAGUUAUGUCAAUUGUCGUGAUUUUAGUCAGCGAAAUGACAGUCGUAAGUUCACCCGCUCUGUCACUCCUCCUCCAUCCUCACAAUCUGUUGAAAACCAGAAGCUUCGGGAUCUCAGUCCAUCAGCUUUUCCUGUUUUACGACGGUCUGUGGUCAGCAAAGGGAAGGGCACGCUGGGGGAGGGGCGGAGGAACUCCACAGGAGAUGUGUCUAUGGAGGUGGUGGUUAGUAGAAUUCAUGACGACAGUGACAUGGAAUCUGUCAAGUCAUUGCCUGCAGCUUCACAGACUAAUGACACUUCGCCCGGUGUUUCACGGCCUAUCAUAUCUUAUGCAAAAGUCGCAGCGUCCCCAAAACCUCAUGUAACCUCACCCUUGUCUCCUCCAUCCAAUGACAAAAGUGACACUUCGCCUGCACGCCAGCAAACUGUGUGGAAGGGUAAUGUGCGGGAGCGGCGUCACUCCCUGGGCUCUAGUCCGGACUGCCCUACAGAGGAGGGCAAGUUAUCAGACGCUUUGCGCCACAAAAGUGGCAGUCAGACUUGCCUGGCUGCGGAUUGUGCCUGCUCAGAAUCAGUUAGCCCAGGUGCGAUAUGUAAAAACAGAGAGUGUAUGCUCAGCCAGUCGGACACAGUGUCUGUACAAACGGCUGAGGCCUGCAUGAAGUGUGACCACAUGCAGACAGGUCAAAUAACCAAAGAUAAUCAGCCUAGUGUCAAAUCUCGAAAGCUUGGCUUAUGUGAACCCCCAGUGCCUGCUGCUACCUGUAGUUUCCAUGUUGAAAGUGUAAUUAGUACUAGUUCAUCCCCUCGCCAGCCCUCAAGACACGACAGCAUUCAUUCCCAGUUUCAAACUCAGUGCUCUGCUGAAAGUGUUAAAGGUGAAAUCAGUUCUGUUGAUAGAUUUGGUCACAGUGCAGGGUUACCUGGUGUAGCAGGAAAGCUCCACAGGGGGAGCCACUCUCCAGGUGAUGUCCUUAAACUGCCGCCAAACAAUGGCAAGAAAUUCAAACACUCUGUGAUUUUCUUAGACAAGAGGCUUGCCGGGCCGCCUCAGGAUUUAGGGAUUACUUUUGGAUUUGAGCCCGAUUUGGAGAGCAGCCAAACUCCUGGGGGUAUGGAGGUAUCUGUUGACGCAGUUGAGGACGGGGUAAACGAUGUGCCCAUGUUACCCGAGGGUAUUUUGGGGAAGAAUGACCUUGCUGCCCCAAUAGCAGACUCCCUAACCCCCAGUACUGCCGCCAGCAGAAAGCUCACACACCCUAAACAAACUGAGACCGGCAGUGUGGCCUUGAGAGCUUCAGGUGGUGUUCAGGACAGCGUGAAGCAGAGCCCCAAGCCAAUCCACAGCCCUGAUGCAGCCCUGAAAGGGCCCAGUGCUGUGCCCUCCUCGGCCAGGCUGAUGCCUGCUGCCUCAUCAGACCUAACAAAGCCAGCUAACAAAGGUGCGUACCCAGGCUCAACACUGAAUGGAGUAGUCAUGUCUCUUGUUCAGGCGGACAAAAACUCUGCGUCUGUAGCAAGAACAGUGGAGGCUGCUGUCCUCACCAGAGACACUGGCUCAGCUGACAAACUCACAGACUCGGCCAUUCUAUACUCAUCUGAAACCCCCCCAUUAGAGAAUAUCUCUAGCUGCCUUCUGCCUGGGCCCCCAGCUGAUCCCCAGAAUAAAACUGGUUAUCAGACUAAUAGCAGCAGUACUUCCACUUCCUCCUCCUCCAUGGUGAUGUCCGGCAGUAGCUCUGUCGCUGAGACCCUCCUCACAGUCCACUACGGGAAAAGUAUCCCAAUGUUGUGUUUGUCUACCUCGGCGCCUGGCAAACCCUCAUCUCUUAGCACCCAUGCUGGGGUCGAUGACUGCAUCAACAUGACGACGGAAAUACCACCUGAGAAAAAUGGACCACAGAAAGUCAUCAAAUUUCAGCUGGAAGAAGGAACAAAGGGUAAAUUCAACUGGGAAGAAGCUGCGAAGUUUUUAACGAAAGAAUGGGAAAAAAUUCUUACACAGAAAGAAAAGAGCCCAGAAUCAGUGCUGAUGUAUUCGUGUAACUCUGCUUGUUGAGUUGCUUCCCUUGUGUUGGAGAAAAGAAUCGGCCAGUAGUUUCCCCUUGUUCUGCUUUUGACUGAGCAGCCAGCAGUGUCCCUGUUACAGCAAUGACAGAUGAAUUGUGAAUAUUUUGCAGCGGCCCCUUUUUGAGAGUUGAUUGUCAUAGGAAUAAACUGAGACCAGAUAUGAGGCGUGAACAAUGGGUUUGAAUCGUUGACUUACCAGAAAUAUCUCGCCGAUAAGACAUCCAGUCCUGGAGGAAAUGGAACACAGUCUGUAUACUUGGAAAGAAAAGGCCUGUCUGAACUCGGAAGUUUCUCAGAUGGUUUUCAUACGAUUGAUCCCUAGUUGAUUGAAAAUGGCUGGGAUUUGACAUUUAGAAAAAAAAGAAACAACAAGCUGUCCUGAUCUGUAGACAGGAUAAAUUAUGUUAAGGGAUUAAAUGUGAUUGGUAAAAACGAAUGGCAACUAAACAGAUGUUAAUUCAUGCAGAUGGGGUGGAAACAGUGGUGACAUUAGCAGUGUUGCAGUUCGAUAUGAAAUAUAUGGACAAGUUAAGAACAACAGUUCAGGAAAGUGAGGACUUGUGAUAAAUAACCGCAUUGUGAGAAUAGAAUGAAACAUAUUUCAUGCAGGAUUCGAGAAAGUGAAUGUCAGCAGGUUGUGAAAUGAUCCUCUUCCUCCUGUAGACAAUAUAGAAGUGGACAGUUCUGGAUGUGCAGACAUCUGCAUUUGGCAGGUGCUUUGAAGGCAAAAGGAAAACCCAGCUUAGUGUGAACCCUGUGCCGUUGCAAGGAGACGGGAAUUAAAACAUCUCAUAUAGCAGUAUUUGGGAUGUGUAUUAUACUAGUGUGAAGAUAUCCAGUCUAGUGCCAACGAUUUGUCAAAACUAAUGUUGACCCCCUGCUAAAAGACUUGGCUUCCAUUGCAUCACAUCAUUUCCAGCUACUGAUCAUCUCAUGUGCUCACUCAAUGGGCAUAAACAUCAAUAAAUAGAGCAUUGAUUGGCAUCAUGGAUAAAUUUGUCAUGGCUGGUAAGACUAAGGUACAAUUCGUCAGCCAGCUGCCCAGGCAUGAGUAACACAAGACGGAAUUACACAUCAGGGCAGCUGUGUAGUCUGUGGAAUAAUGGACUUGCCAUAUCAGCCAGACAUGAUAGGACUGAAAGAAUACUGCAGUAUCUAUGUGCAUCUGCUUAACGGUGCCUGUUGGAUUGCAGUGGAAAAUGUCAGGCUUGUUACGGUGUAAAAUGUUAUUUAAUAUUAUCACGUUUCAUGCCAGUUGGCUGGUGUGUUGUGAGAGACAUUAUGUACGUGUGUAUAUACAAACGGAUACACAUUAGAAACCUGCUUCAAGUGACUUCCAAUAAGAAAAAAAAAAUGAAAUGAUACCCAUAAAUGUAAUCUGAAGAAACGAAAAAUGAAAAAAAAAAAAAAGUUAAUGUCAGUGUGACAAAACCCUUUAAUACAUGUAUGUAUGUCUUCAGUGGUAGAAUGCAGUAGAAUUUCAUCACAUUCUCAACAGUUUGACAUGACCUCCAAUACUUGACAACUGUUGUUAUUAAGGGAGCAUGUCCAGCUGUCCACUUCACUGUGAUAACUGGUCUGGUCAAUGAUUGACGGGCCAAGUAACCAACAUAAUGACUGCUGCGUGUUCAAAAUGGGCGGAGUCUUCACGUGGCUGUGUUUGAUAUUUGACAAUUUGUAAAUUAUUUUCACCAUUAAUCUGCAUUCUACUGGGUGCUACAAUCCACCAAGGCCUGUUCAAACGUGCUUUGUUUUUAGAUACUGUCCUUGUUUUGUUGCUGUUUUUUUUUGCUGUUUUUGCCUAGACUUAGUAUUCUUUUCCUCCCUCUUUUAGGGCAAGCUCUGUCAGUUCUGUGUAAAUUUGAUGACCUCAUUUUUGUGUUGAAUAUUUUUAGCAAAUUUGGAGUAACAAGUUUGUGCUGUCCUUGUUAAAGCUAAAUAUAUAUAAACAAAUUCUAACUUAAAAGUGGGUUAAUAAUACUUUGUAUGAUUUUGAUUUUCAUUUAGUGUGUCUACAUAUAUCUAUACAUGUUAAAUUCUUGUCUCCUUCAAUGUACUUGUUAAAAUUGUUUGGCUUAUGUGUGCUUAACAUCCACUGAAAACGGUUUUAAUUACGGAUGGGUUUCUUUAUGCAUAGAGGAAACUUUGGCUGUGGGUAAGGUUUGCAUAUAAAUGUCUUGACUGUCCAAUCUUGCCAUACCACAUUGCCUACAUAUUUUCUCCCUGCAAAUUUUGAGGAACUGUGUGUAUCAUUCACUUUUCACCUACACGUGUAUCCUAAGCAGCUACAGUACAUGUGUAAGAUUUAGAUAAACUUUUUUGCUGAAAAGAAAUGACCCAGCUAUAAUUAAGAAUGGCAUACACUUUAUCGACAGUCUGUUUAUGACUGAAACACAGACUUUGUUAGAAUUGCUUAUGCAUUUAACAUUGGGAAAGGAAUACAAUUAAAAAAUUUCAGUGAAUGAAUAUAAAGAAAAAAAUAAUAUAAUUGGUUAAUCUUUGUACUUCUUCAUAGUUUAACAAAUGUUAUAUUUUCUGUAUACGUCAGGGUAUACAUAAAUAUGAAGACGUGUAUAGAGUCCACAUUUCAGUGUACAGUUUUCAGGAAUUAUUGGACAUUUUUGCAAGUUUACUUACUUGUACAUGUAGAUUUAAUAGAAAUGGCAUCUGAAUAAGGUUGAUCACAAUUGUUGAUAACCAGGCUAGUUUUUGCAUACCAUUAGUGUACAUGUAUUUUUUGUCUUUGUUAUGUAUGCGAAAAAGGGCUGAAUGCACCUAAAGGCACAUUCUGUAUGUGUAUUUGUUUCCUCCCGCCCUAUCUCAGUAUUGACAGUUUACAUGUGUUGAAAAUAACACUUGUAGUUAUGAACUGUCACCUCACUGAUAUCCCAUAGCUGUGGCUUUUCACCUCACUGAUUUCCUGUAGAUGUGACCUGUCACCUUGCUGAUUUUUCGACGCCCUCUGCCCACCACCAAGUUUACAAUCUUCUUAAUUGUUAUUUAUGUCGACAUUUUGUUCCGGUUGUCUCAUUCUUACUGCUUAUUUUCUGCAUUUGUUAUUUGAUUAAUAUUUGCGCUAUGAAUUACUGUCAAGAGGGAAAAGAAAUCUGUGUUCAGGUAGACUAGUUCAUUGUGUAUUAUCACACUUGUCAGUUGUAUAAAUAGCUUGAUAAUACUGUUAAAAAAAAACAAACAACAUCUGUCCGUUUUCAUGCCAAAAGUCAAUAAAUAUUGCCUUAAUGUUGGCUAAACAACAAAGAAACACCCAAACAGUUAUCUUCAUUUACAUGUAAGAUUUUAAGAUCCAAGAUCUUAAGCAUCCAAGGCUAUUGGUACUGUAUAUGUUCAGAAUCCAGCAGUGCAGAUGUAGAUCACUGGAAUUACAUGUAAUACAUGUUUUAGUAGCGAAAAAGCAUGCGCCAACAGCCACGGGCACAUUUAAAGAAAUGAUAUCAGUAAAUUGGAGUUUUGGCACCCAUAAAUGUGAAUCGCCCUCCUUCAUAAGCAGUGUGUAGGGCAUACAUUGUGCCUGGAACAUUUGCUUGUACGUCAGGACUGGACAAGAGAUGUUCCAAUGUUGAUCCAACUUUUUCGACACCUAAGUUAGUCCUAAAUUUACCCUGGGGUGACAUCUUUGUAUCACAGUUUGAAAAGAUUUCACAAUUCCCAGUGUUUGCCUAACAGAAUUUAAGCUGCAUAUGUGUCAGAGUCAUGAACAUGUAGCUGUAUGGGCUGCUGACAUAUGGUACAGAACCUACGUCAAAUUUCACCCAUGACUUAAGUUGUACUUUUUGAUGGAUUCUGACAGUUCUACUAAUCCACAUGUAAGAAAGGUGCUCCGAGGCUUUAAGAAAGGUACAUGUCGGAUGAUACCUUACUUGAAUAAUAA